CGCCGCGCUGCCCCUCCACGUACGCCGGCCGCUUCUUCGCCUCGUUCUCCGGCGGACUGGACCCGGACACACACCCAGCUCCGGACCUGGACCCGGACCGGUACUUGCCGGCGUUGGCGGCGGCUCUGGCCGGUCUGCCAGGCCGUUCGGCGGACCCUGCGGUCGCCAUCUUCCCUGCUCGGCCGGUGGCAGCAGAGCGCUGCGAAACCCGGAUGUAGACCGAUUUUACCUUCGAUGAAGAAGGACGAACCACAACAACAAUGGCGGCGCGCCGGUAGAGGAGACUUCUGAAAGCUAAACGGGGACUUUGAGUCUGACAGUCAGGGUCUCCCGGUCUGGUUCUGGUCUGGUUCUGUUCUGGUUCUGGUCUGCAGGAUGCGUGGCGUCCGUCCGGUGGUGGAGGUGGUCCGUCUGGGCCUGGUCUCGUACCCGGAGGCUCUGCGGCUGCAGCAGGUUUAUGUGGACCGCCACCGGUCCGGUGCGGCUCACGCUCUGCUGCUGUGCCAGCACCCGCCGGUCUACACCACCGGGCUCCGCCACGCGCCGUACCCGGCCGCGCUGCUGGACCGGCUCCGCCUGCUGGGUGCCGCCGUGCACCGCACCAACCGCGGCGGACUCAUCACCUUCCACGGGCCGGGCCAGCUGGUCUGCUACCCCGUCCUGCACCUGGCCGGCUUCAAGAAGAGCGUCCGCUGGUACGUCUGUGAGCUGGAGAAGACCAUCGUCUCCGUCUGCAGCCGCUUCGGUAUCGAGGCGUCCACGUCGCCUCACACCGGCGUCUGGGUCGGAGACAACAAGAUCUGCGCCAUCGGAAUCCACUGUGGGCGCUACAUCACGUCUCACGGCCUCGCUCUGAACUGUAACACCGACAUGUCGUGGUUUGGCCACAUCGUGCCGUGUGGCAUCGAGGGGAAAGGAGUGACGUCGCUGAGCGCCGAGCUGCAGAGAGACGUCAGCGUGGAGGAAACCAUCCCUCACCUGCUGGACGCCUUCGGGGAACGCUUCGACUGUCGGCUAACAGACGCACAAACUGAGACGGACAGCAGGGGAUCGUCAGCGUAGAAACUGACUUUAUAACAAACUGAGACGGACAGCGAGGGAUCGUCA